UGUUGCGAAGAAUGGUCGUUUGGUUUGUGACUGCAUAGAAGAAAAAAAAACAGUUGGUGGACUCAGCCGCAUACCAUUCGGGGACUACAUAGUUUAGACAUCAGAUAAUCCAACAUUAUAUAUCAUUAUAAAAUACCUUCUCUGUGAAUUGCAUUCGUCAUGGAAUCCUUCGAAUCGGAAUCGUUGCCAAAACAAGAUAUUCAAAAGGAGAUCAACAUUAUUCUGUUAGGCGAAACUGGUUCAGGCAAAUCAACUCUGAUAAACUAUCUGACCAAUUAUUUCCAUAACGGUAAACCAGGGAAUUUGAAAAUUGCCAUUCCCACGAAGCAUCAUGUGGCAACCGAGGGACUGAAACACCACGAAGACAACGUUCAGGAUGCUUCAAAAAGCCAAACUAGAGCAUGUGCUGUAUAUAACUUCAGAAAACAGGACACGAUUUUCAACUUCAUAGACACGCCAGGGCUCAGUGAUACCGAAGGGGUGGUACAGGAUGAUUUCAACAUUCAGCAAAUUAUGGGUGCUGCCGAGCAGAGCGGAUUGCUGACAGCAAUCAUUCUCGUUAUAAAUGGAACGCAAGCUCGAGCCACAGUAACACUACGCAACACGUUGUGUCUGUUGAGAAGCUCAAUACCAGACGUCCUUCUGCAGAACCUUGUCGUAGUUCUAACAAACUGUUCUGCAGCUUCCGUCAACUUCGAUAUGUCGCAUUUGAAACCUUGGACUGUUCCUGAGGCAAACGUUUUUCACAUGAACAACUGUGCCUUCAGUAGACCAGUAUCACAAUGGAUAAACAACGAGCGUAUGAAGAAAGCUGUGGAAAAGGAAUGGGAGUGCUCAAUGGAAACCAUCGACGAAUUGAUCCAGAACUUGACGCAGCUUGGUGGCAAAGCGACCGAAGCAUUCACACAAAUGCGCAUGAAAAGAGACAGGAUAAAAUCGCAGCUGCAUAGCGUCUUGCUAGAGGUGAAGAAAUUCCAGGGUCUUCAAAACGAACUAGAUGUUAUGAAAAUAACACAAAAGAGUAUAUCCACCGACAUCAAAAAAUAUUCCGACUACAAGCGCACGAAACAAGUGGAAAUAACGGAGUUUGAGCAAUGUGAUUACUAUAGUUCAAUCUGCUCUGUAUGCUCGAAUGCGUGCAGUGAAAAUGUGGCCAAUGUCAAUCCAUUCCAAUUAAUCAUUGGAACCGUACUGAAUGCAUUCCCGAAGCUUAAUAUGGCGUUUAACAUGAUCAACUCGUUUUUAUCUUUUUCUGAACCGCUAUGCAACUGCAAUCAUCCCCUCAACAGACACUACAACGCGAAGGUUCGGCCAGUCAAGAAAACAAAUACCGUCGAAGAAAUUCUCCAAGAUGUGAAAAACGCCUAUGAUCAGAGCGUGAGAAAAAAUGAGGAAAUACAGUCUAAAAUCGGUAACCUGGACAGCGACAUCGCUGCAGUGAAAUAUGUUCUCGAUGGAAAAGAAGCAGAAAUUCUGCAGUGCUGUCACGAGCUCAAGAAUCUCUGUUCGCAGUUUAACUUUGUGGACGAGCUCCAGGGUAUCUUUGACAUCAUGGAGAGAGAUGCCCGCACGCUUACCUCUACGGUGGCAAGGACCGAUGCCGAGAAAAGAAUUAGAAACAUCAAACACGUGGCCGAUACGCUGUCAAGCGCUGGGAAGGGUGGCUAACGCAACACAAUUUACGGGUGGCGAAAUUAUCAUACAAAGGUCUAAAAUGUUUAUGUUGUAAAAGAAUAUAAAUUACAAUAUUCGUGCGCCAUCUCAAUUUAAGAUUUUUCGGGCCAACGGUCCUAGCUUUUAUAUUUGUAUGUGAAAAUUGAAGCAAUUAUUUUCGUUGAAUUCUUAAAACCAAAACGUGUUAUCACGUAUUAUGAUAAUAUAAUUUUAAACUUCAAACGUCUUUUCAA